AUGGCUACACCUAGACAAUUGAUAUUUAUAGACGAAGUUGCAAAGAACCAUGUCAAGUAUUACGAUCCCACUCUUUCAUCAUAUUUGAAACUUCGACAAGAUCUACUCAAGUUGUAUACAUCCAUACAGAAACAAGUUCUAACCAUUGAUGCAGACGAGGACAGCAGCAGCAAAACUACCACCACCACCACCACUACCACAACGACGAGUAAUGAAUCGCAUACAAUCCUGUUCAAGCUCCACCAACUAGAAGUUGAGUUGCACAAAGUAGAACUAACGUACAGGACUCAUAUUGAAGAGCUCCUAAACCGUCUUCGAAUUGAAAAGACCAUGAAGCCGGAUAUAUUAACUGGCAUACAGAAAGAGUUGGACCAGAUUAUAGCCCAGAAUGACGAGCUUCAAGAAAAGAUUUCAAGAAUAAAGACGGUUGAGAAACCACUUUUGGAAAAGAUAACUAAAUUGGUAAACAGUUUCAACAACAACAUUGAGAAGAGUCGGGCCAAGCCGAUUCUUUCCUCGUAUAUAAAGUCAUUAGAAGGAGACAUAAGCGACGAGCAAAAGGAGAAGGAUUCAUUACAAGUGGAUUUCAAAUCUUUGGUUUUCAGUAAAGAUGAGUUGCGUUCACAAUUGAGACAAAUGUUGAAUGACGAGUUAGCCAAUCAUGGUCAUAUUGAUGAGAUAUUAAGAAAUGGCAAGACAUUCGACGAGUAUGAUGAGAAUAAGGUGCUUUACAAACUAUACAGAUCGACCUUGUUUGACAUCUCGCAAUCCAAGACCUUGGAUGAGUAUGACGAGAUGAUUGCAAAAACCGUUGAGCAAAUCCAAACAUUGCAGAAUGAAGGGGAAUCUACGAAGCAGAGCUGGAAUAAGAAUGCAGAAAAGAUAUUGAAAAUUAAAGCUAUUGUGAAUGAAGAUGCUGAUCAACAAGUAGUGGAAGACGUGGAUAUGACAGAGGCGGUGAAUGACUAA